CUCCGCCCCACCUCUUGUCCAGUGCCCCAAAUGCUGGCGACCACCUGCAGCCGGCCGCCGUGCCCGUGCCCGUGCGCGCGGUCGCGGCGGCUCCCCGCGGCGACCUUCGGCGGCACCAGUAGCGCGAAGCGAAGGGCGCCGAGGAGAGCGGCGGCGGCGGUGCGGUGCGGGCUGCUGCCCGUGGACCCGUGGGCGCCGACGAUGGACUCCCAGAGCGUGGCGUCGCAGCUCUUCGCCGUCUCGCUCUUCCCCUACCUGGGAUUCCUCUACUUCAUGACCAGGUCCAAGACCGCGCCCGGGCUCACGCUCUUCGGUUUCUACUUCCUCCUCGUCUUCGUCGGCGCCACCAUACCUGCUGGGAUUUACGCAAAAGUUCAUUAUGGUACCUCACUGUCCAACGUUGACUGGCUGCACGGGGGCGCUGAAUCGCUGCUGACUCUCACCAACCUGUUUAUCGUUUUGGGGCUGAGGGGAGCCCUGAGGAAGCUGGAGGAAGAGGGCACAGACGAGAUUGUUUCUGAAGCUUCUCAAGACAGUGCAGAAAAAAGUUCUGUCUAGAUGGGUUCAUCAUCAGUACCCCUGAAGGUGCACGAGUGCGCUGUUUUUCUUCUUCUGCAGCUCAACUAGCUCGUAGUGAUGUUUUGGGUGUAAGGAAAUCUGGCAGAUCUACUCUGUGCAUAUUAUGCUGAUAAGAAAACAAUGUACAGGCAUCUCCUGCAAUUCUGAGUAGUAACAUAUUAUGCUGACGCUGGCUUA